UCUAGUGACUCCGAGGGAGGGGUAGAAGCUUUGGGAAAGAUCGUUGAUACACUGUUGAAGGACGUGGAAAAGUAGCGCUUUGAGGGGAUUUUGUGAAAGCGUUGGACACUUACUUUCGAAGAAGAAAACUGGAACUGCUUUUUGGAGCUGCAGGCAGGCGGAUGUGCUAGAAGGAAUCCAUCCAGAUCCUCCUCCAGAAAAGGUUUGCUGGAAUGGGUAAUCUACUCAAAGUCCUGACAAGGGACAUAGAGAACUAUCCCCAUUUUUUCCUGGACUUUGAAAAUGCGCAGCCCACAGAGUGUGAGCGUGACGUGUGGAACCAGGUGAAUGCCGUGCUGCAGGAGUCCGAGAGCAUCCUGUUGGGCCUGCAGGCAUACAAGGGAGCCGGCCAGGAGAUACGAGAUGCGAUCCAGAACCCCAAUGACAUGAUCCUGCAGGAGCGGGCCUGGAACUCCGUCUGUCCGCUCGUCAUCCGCCUCAAGAAGUUCUACGGCUUCUCACUGCGGCUAGAGAAGGCGCUGCAGAGUCUGCUGGUGUGCCUGACGUGCCCCCCCUACACCCCCAUGCAGCACCUGGAGAAGGAGCAGGCCCUGGCCAAGCAGUUUGCAGAGAUCCUGCACUUCACGCUACGCUUCGACGAACUCAAGAUGAGGAUCCCUGCCAUCCAGAAUGACUUCAGCUACUACAGACGGACCAUCAGCAGAAACAGGAUAAACAACAUGAACCUGGACAUUGAGAAUGAGGUCAACAAUGAGAUGGCCAAUCGGAUGUCCCUGUUCUACGCUGAGGCCACACCCAUGCUGAAGACGCUUAGCAACGCCACCACAAACUUUGUGACCGAGAACAAGACGUUACCCCUGGAGAACACGACAGACUGCCUGAGCACCAUGGCCAGCGUGUGCAAAGUCAUGCUGGAGACGCCAGAAUACAGCAGUCGCUUCAACAGUGAGGACACGUUGCUGUUCUGCAUGCGCGUGAUGGUGGGGGUCAUCAUCCUGUACGACCACGUGCACCCCAACGGGGCCUUCAACAAGUCCUCCAAAAUCGACAUGAAAGGAUGCAUAAAGGUCCUGAAAGAACAACCAACAGAUAAUGUGGAGGGUCUUCUAAACGCCCUGAAGUUCACCACAAAACAUUUGAAUGAUGAGUCCACCCCGAAGAACAUCAGGAGUAUGCUUCAGUAAAGUUUAUUUCGUUUUUUCGUUUGUUUGUUUGUUUUUUUGUUUCGUUUGAUUUUGUUUUGUUUGUUUGUUUUUAUAUAAAUGAGGAGGAUCAAUGUACUGACCUCAAAGAUGUAUAUGUUUACAUUAUUUAAGGAUUUGAUGUUAAUACUUGUGUGUAUUUGCGUAGCCAUUCCCUCCAUGUCACUGAAGCCUUUUCAGAAAAUGUACCUUUUUAUUCUAUAAAACUGGGCCCUACCGUACCAUCGCUGACUGCCUAUACUGUUUGUUGAACUACGAUAUUACAAUGAUGCCUUUUUCCAAAAGAAAGAGAAGCCUUACAACUACACAUUUCUUGAGUACCACUUUUUGCCAUACAGCUUUGUAAACAUGCAGCUCUCCCUACAUAUAAUGAAGAGGCCAUAUCCAACCAAAGGGGAUUAGCUGGUGGGUCAUGUCACCUUUGGAAGGGGGGGGUUUUGGGGGGGGUGUGAUCCUGGUGAAAGAGUAUGAGCUUCCGCACGCCGACUCCGACAAAGUGCUGAGCACUGCUCCGCAAAAGUUCGAUUCCAUUGUUUUCAAUAGAACCCCGCACACUGGCGCCGAUGUCUGCGAACAUUCGCGGAUGUCGGACAGCGAUUGACCGCCCAUUGACUAUCCAUGCUAUUUUCGUGUGAAAUUGGGUUUGGGAAUCAGAAUUGUGUCGGAAGCGAAAGUGCUCCGCAGUGCUGUCGGAGACGAUGUGCGGAUGCCCUAUGGGUGUAUUCAUGGGAUGGCUAGUUCUAGUUUAAUGAUGAUUACAUGACACACUGUCCUCUUGUGAAAAUGUUUUGUGUUUCUCCCAAAAACACACUAAGAAGAAACUCUGGAAACCAAAUGUUAUUUGUGUUUGUGUGUGUGUUGGUGUGAAUAUUGUUCUUGCAAUGUGUUUAUUAUGAACAAAGAAAAAUGGCUUUGAAUUUCCCUUUAAUUCUUUUUGUCCCUCUUUGUCUCCCGUAUUUCUCUUUUUUUUUCCUCCCUCCCUUUUUUAAUUGCCCGUUUAGAGACUUGUUAACCUCUUCAUGGAACCCAAGUUCUCAACAUUAUUUGAUUAAAUUAUUUGAAACAAAACUCCUCAACCCCUUAAGUAUCCACCCUCUUAUCUGUAACGUGGUGUUGUGUACAGAUAUCAUAUCGCAUUACACUUAGCUGACACUUUUAUCCAAAGCGACUUACAGAUGUUUUUCAGAUAUUUCUGGCGUUAGGUGCCUUGCUCAAGAGCACCUCAGCCAUGGAGUGAGACAGGGAGUGGAAGGGUGGGAUUUGAACUUGCGACCCUCCGAUCUCACGGCUGCCUGUGCAUCAAUGUUGUAUUUGAAAUGUCCGUCAGCUUUAGUGUGAUGGUAGUCUCACAGUGGCUCCAUCCACUGAUAGAUGACUAGUGGUGUCAGACGCCGGGACAAGUUGUCUUUCCAUGUUUUUUUCCCAUAUGCAUUUCAUGUGAAACCCACAUGAUCUGAUUGACUGUUGCCGCUGAAAUUAAACCUUUCUGAACAUUUUUGUGGAGGCAGGGGUGCUGACUGAAUGAACAGACCCACAAAGUAUUUCGAAAACACCCCAUGCAAAGUCCGUGAGAUCUGUUGGCGAACGGAGCCAGUGUGAACCGCCUGGCCUGUGUUUUGAUGGUUGUGAGGGUCGUUGCGUGGCUGCUUUGAAGUAAACAAUGGGCAACUUCUCAAUUUUGUGAACAUUUGAAAUCGAAAGAUAUAGCUGAAAUCCAUAAGCUAAUAGACUCCCAUCCUUACUCCGAUAUAAUCAUAACCUACUCCUCUGACUGCUCGUGCCCAAUAUCACAUAAAGGGUCAAUGCCUGUAUUUCGAUCACAAGCAACUAUCAAAACGUGGCUGUUAUUGUGGUCAUUGCCUAUUGUUGAAUAGCUUGCUAUAACUACAGGAAACAUGUACAUGUAAUAUAUAUAAUGCCUUGCCUGUUUUGCUUUGACUGAACUUCCAAGUGUUAAGAUGUGCUGAACAGAAAACAGAAAUUCCAUCUGUUUUGUGUGAGCCGCCCCCAGUCAAAUAUCUUCGUGUAUGAAGCUGCUUUCAGUAACUUACGGCUCGCUCGCAGACAUCUCUCUCUUUCUCUCUCUCUCUCUCUCUCUCUCUCUCUCUCUCUCUCUCUCUCUCUCUCUCUCUCUCUCUCUCUCUCUCUCCCCUGCUUUUGUCAUGCUGUCUGUGUAACAGCUUGAGGCGUUAGUGGUUAGUUAAUAUUGAAGUCGGUGGUUGAAGUAAAAGGCAAGUGGAUCGACAGUAUGCUGCUCUUCUCCAGUUAUGUUUCAGGAUAACCUUGUUGAGUAUCCAUGACCUAUUUGACCUCAAAAGAGUUUCCAGUCUAGAGGACAUGUGUGUGUAUGCUUUUGCUCUCAUUCUCAGCUAUUCUCCCGUUGGCGUUAGUCCCCAAACUGAACUUUAAACAAACAGCCGUUGCAUAUCGAUACAAAUUUAGGGUAGUGUGUACCAGACUUGUGAGAUUGGUGUGACUUGUCACAUGCUUAGAACAAGUGAGGUUGUUAUUCUUUCCACCCUACCAGAGUGCCUGAUGUGAGGGUUUUUUGGGUUUUUUUGUUUUCGUCAUGAUUAAAUUUGCUGUGGUUUUUGUUUUUGUCGAUAUUCUUUAAACUGCUUAAAUGGCCUGUGUGUCAGACAAUCACCUAUUGUUGGACCUCUCCCUCUCUCACGCACACACACACACACACACACACACACACACACACACACACACACACACACACACACACACACACACACACACACACACACACACACACACUUACAAAGGUAUCCACACAAGCACAUGUCCGUUUCUCUAGACAAACGUACACACACAGACAGACACAGGGUCGCUGACAGGUUUGGCUGGACUCGAGAUAAAUGUAUCUGAAAGGGCCCCAGACCCAAUCAGUACAAUGUAAUGAGGAUCCAAUUCUGGGGGGCACCUCUCUCCCUGAGCCCAGAACAAGUGACCCAUUUGCCCCCACCACCCCUGUUUGCUUCCCUGCACACACACACGCUCACACACACUCACUUUUCACCCACUUCUUGGAAGGAUGAUUACUCUUAAGUAAACUAUUGCGUAACUGCCCAGGUCUGAGCGUUGAUAUUUUAGUACAAAUAAAGACCCCUUUGUGGUUCUGCUUUAAACUCUCAUUUCAAAGAGGGCUCGCAUUUGUAAUGACUGGUUUAGGCAUGAAAUUGUCCUUCAUUGCCAAUGGAUACUUUUGCUUACUGUAACUGUAAAAAACAUGAUUUUCAAUGUAUUGAUUUUUUUCAACUGAAUGCAUGAAAGCCGAGUCAAAUUUUAUUUUUUUAUUUUUUUUUAAAUCAUGUUUUUUUGCAGUUACAGUAAGCAAAAGUAUCCAUUGCACUGAAGGACAAUUCCAUGUUGGACGUUUUUUGACCAAUUGACUGAUUUCCAUUGAACCCACGUGUGCAUCCCAGAGCCCCACCUUAUAAGCCAUAAACUAACACCAAUGCAUCCUUAAUGGAACCAUGAUGCAACAGGGUCAAAGGCAUCCAACAUGAAAUUGUCAUUCAGUGCCACAUACUUUUGCUUACGGUAACUGCAAAAAGUAAACAUGAUUUGAUUUUAUUUUAUUUUUCCAGGUGGCUCUCAUGCAUUCACUUGAAAAAUAAUUAAAAAUCAGUUUUUUUUUUUUUUUAACAAUUACAGUAAGCAAAAGUAUCUGUUGCAAUAAAUGACAAUUUCAUGUUGGCCGUCUUUGACGCAACACCACAGCACACUUGGCUAACUGCUGACGUACAGGUAAUAACGAUGAAGUGUAUCAUUCUCAUUAUCAGCUGCAAUUGUACAUAAGAUGUCAAAUAAAUAAAUGCAUUUUACAGUUUGUUCAAAUGAAACGCAUAGUGUUAAAGAUACAUCCAUGUUGACGGGACACCAAUGCCUUCUUCAGUGCAGUGAAAUUCACUUGCAAGCUCGGAUAAUAACUGACAUGUGCUUUUUAAUGUUUCGUAAAGAUGACUUGUUUGCUUAUUUGUUUUCUGUAUACAGUACAUCUUGUGUCACUUGCCUGUUUUUGUUGCAUAUAGAAUGGAUGUGUGAAUAGACAAUAAAAUUGGUACAUUUUCAACA